UGAAACGUUGCUGUUCUGCCAGCAGUUUCCUGUGGAGUUUUUUUUAACAGAUCAGUUUGCUGUAGUGUGUUCAACCACUGAUCCAAGAUAAGUUGCUAAGAAGUUUAUCUCACAUCAAAGACGUAAUGAACUAAUGACAGAGAAGUCAUAUAGCCGAGCAGUAUGGUCCACUCUUCAGUCCACUCAUGACAGUGGACCUGUAUAGCUCAGUGGAGACCCAGUUAGAGACUGAUAUGAUACCUGCUGGGCUAUUGAUGAUCCUGUUCUGGGGCACAGAUCUCCAGGCUCAAAGCGUCAGUCCACCAGCUGAACUCUCAGUCAGACUGGUGGAUGGGACCACUUCCUGUUCUGGGACAGUGGAAGUCUUCUACAGAGGAGAGUGGUUAGGUCUAUGUUCUAGGUGGUGGGGCAUGAAAGAGACCAAGAUUUUGUGUAGAGAGCUGGGAUGUGGGAAUGUUGUAGCUAAAUCUAGAGGACCACCGUUUGAAGAUGGAAGAAGAGGAAUCAGCAUAUGGCUUUGUAGUGGAGAUGAGUCUUCUAUUACAGAGUGUAAAAAAAUAGAAGGAGGAGCUGGUGUCUGUAAUGCUACAUAUGAGUAUCAUCUUCAUGUGACCUGUUCAGAGUCUGUGCGGCUUGUGGAUGGAGCUGGUCUCUGCUCUGGGAGAGUGGAGGUGAAGUCCAAUCAGUCCUGGGCCUCAGUGUGUGAAGCUGACUUUGACCGGCAGGAUGCAGAGGUAGUCUGUGGGGAGCUUGGCUGUGGGGCUCCUGCAGCUCUACAGGGGGGGCUCUAUGGAGAAGGUGAGGGUCAGACCUGGGAUAAAGAGUUCCAGUGUAAAGGCAAAGAGUCCCUUCUCCUGGACUGUGACACCUCAGACAGAGAAAACAACACCUGUCUACCUGGUAAUGCUGUUGGACUCACCUGCUCAGGUAAGAAACAGUUUGUCACUCAAUCAACAUUGUUUCUCACCUGGAGUGAAGAAUAUGAGAGACAAUAUAGGUGUGUUUAG